AUGGAGGUGCUUGUGAGUACCUUCCUGAUUAUCUACAUUAAUCUUCUCAUCUAUGCAGAAAGAUCUGGAAAUCAGCCAACAGUAGACAAAACUUCAUGUGAACCAAAACCAAAUAGGAAGCUGACGUUCCUGUACUUGGCCAAUGAUGUAAUACAGAACAGCAAAAGGAAAGGACCAGAGUUUACAAAAGACUUUGCUCCAGUAAUAGUGGAGGCUUUUAAACAUGUUUCAAGUGAGUCUGAUGAGAGUUGUAAGAAACACCUUGGCAGAGUGCUCUCUAUCUGGGAAGAAAGGUCUGUUUAUGAAAAUGAUGUAUUAGAACAGCUUAGGCAAGCCUUGUAUGGAGACAGAAAGGUGAGGAAGCGCACAUAUGAACAGAUAAAAGUUGAUGAAAAUAACUGUUCACCUCGAAGUUCUCCCACUGACCCUCCGCAGACCACAGAUCUCAUUAGAGCAUUACAAGAACUAGAAAACGCUGCCUCUGGGGAUGCAGCAGUUCAUCAGAGAAUAGCUUCUUUGCCUAUAGAGGUCCAAGAUGUGUCCCUGUUAGACAGAAUAACAGAUAAGGAAUCUGGAGAGCAGCUUUCCAAAAUGGUAGAUGAUGCAUGUAUGUUGCUGGCGGAUUACAAUGGCAGGUUGGCAGCUGAAAUAGAUGAUAGAAAACAGCUAACUCGAAUGUUGUCAGACUAUCUCCGAUGUCAAAAAGAAUUCCUUGCAGAGAAAGAACAUAAGCUGGAAGAGUACAAGCGCAAGCUAGCCAGGGUGUCCCAGGUACGGAAAGAACUCAGGUCGCGCAUCCAGAACCUGCCUGAUCUCUCUCGGCUCCCCAACGUCACAGGCAGCCACGUACACCUGCCGUUUGCAGGAGACAUCUACAGCGAUGAUUGA